AUGAAGGUAACUGUGGAUCCAUCGAUCGGAAGACCUAAAAGUAGAGACGAGUCUUCAAAGUUUUCUAGUCAGAUUGGUGUAGUCACCAGAGAUGUACUUCCGGUGCCAGUAAGGUGGAAAGAUGUUGAUGAAGAAAAAGAUCUUCAACCUGGUAUUGAUCAUAUAAAGAUCCACAUGGAUAUUAAUUUAGAUGAUCCGGGUGUAAAACGUUGCGUGAUUGAUAGAGUCCAAGCUAGUUCACGCCAAAAACGUUACAGACUGCAUAAAAAUUACAAGAAAUAUUCGUCCCAUGAAGAAGCUAAGAAUAACAAGCCCUCUUUUUGUGCUAGUCAAGAAAAUUGGGAAGAUAUCUGUGAGCUUUUUGCCUCGCCUAAAUUCAAGUUAAUGUAUUAUUAA